AUGCCCACAAUUAAUCUCGACACAGUACAAAUCAAGCCUCCAUUAGACAACGAAGUACCGGCGGUGCCGCAAAUGUUGAUGGAUGCCGCCCACAUCGUUCCUUCGUCCCUCAAUAACUUCAACGAGAAGAGCUCGGGGACCACGGUUAUACUCGGGAUAUGCUUCGUUCCUGGAAGAAAGUCGACAUAG